UCUUUAAGCUCUUGUGCUGUGGACGGCGAUGUGCUGCUGCUGGACAGAGGAAACGUGGACACUGGACAUCGUUUGACGCGAGAAUAACGUUUUGCUCCUUCGAUGCUGUCGUUAAGAAGAUAUGACCGCAUUACUGUUGAUAAUGUUUCAGCUGCUGCAGCUGGACCACAAAUGUGAAUGAGGAGCAAAGUGACUGGCUAACUGCUGUGCCGCUUGGGUUUCCCCCUUUUCCUCUUCGUAAUAAGCUGUUUAUAUCAGUUCAUUUCCAGCCACCUUCUGAACAUGGAUGAGGACAGUAGAGUACCUGAAGAUCUCUCUCUCGAAGAGAGAGAUGAACUGUCCAACAUUCGCAGAAGGAAAAAGGAAUUGCUUGAUGACAUUGAACGUUUAAAGUUUGAGAUAGCUGAGGUGAUGACUGAGAUUGAGCAGUUAACAUGCAUGGGAGAGUGCAAAACCACUCAAAGGAAUAAGCAGAUUGCUAUUGGAAGAAAGAAAUUCAAUAUGGAUCCUAAAAAGGGAAUCCAGUUUCUUUUGGACAAUGACCUUUUGCAGCACACACCUGAGGACAUUGCCCAGUUUCUAUACAAAGGAGAAGGCUUGAAUAAAACAGUCAUUGGAGAUUAUUUAGGGGAAAGGGAUGAUUUCAACAUCAAAGUUCUACAGGCCUUUGUGGAGCUUCAUGAAUUUGCUGACCUCAACUUGGUGCAAGCUUUGAGGCAAUUUCUGUGGAGCUUCAGACUGCCGGGUGAGGCUCAGAAAAUUGAUCGGAUGAUGGAGACUUUUGCAUCGCGAUAUUGCCAGUGCAACCCAGGUGUCUUCCAGUCCUCAGACACAUGCUACGUCUUGUCAUUCGCCAUCAUAAUGCUCAACACCAGCCUGCACAACCCCAAUGUCAGAGACAAACCCACCGCUGAGAGGUUUAUCUCCAUGAAUCGUGGCAUCAAUGAAGGCGGUGACUUGCCCGAAGAGCUGCUCAGGAAUUUAUAUGAAAGCAUUAAAAAUGAACCAUUCAAAAUUCCAGAAGAUGAUGGCAAUGACCUAACGCACACAUUCUUCAAUCCAGAUAGGGAAGGAUGGCUGCUGAAGCUAGGAGGUAGAGUGAAGACAUGGAAAAGGAGAUGGUUCAUUCUCACUGACAACUGCUUGUACUACUUUGAAUAUACAACUGAUAAGGAGCCAAGAGGGAUCAUUCCACUUGAGAACCUCAGCAUAAGAGAAGUGGAGGAGCCAAGAAAACCGAACUGCUUUGAGCUCUACAACCCGAGCCAUAAAGGACAAGUGAUCAAGGCGUGUAAGACGGAGGCGGAUGGCAGAGUGGUGGAGGGGAACCACGUGGUGUACAGAAUAUCAGCCCCUACACCUGAGGAGAAGGAGGAGUGGAUCAAAUCCAUCAAGGCCAGCAUCAGUAGGGACCCUUUCUACGAAAUGCUGGCGACAAGAAAGCGGCGGGUGGCCGCUAAGAAGUAAGAGCUGGGUGACCUUUUGCCAGAGCUCUAAUGGAGAGUCCACCGGCUGCUCGGCUGCAGGGGAGCCUCUCUUAAUCACUCUGGAACCCCCAAAGCUGGAGGGGGUUAAGGGAGACCUGUGGUUUAGCAUCAGCAAAGACGACACUCUCCGCAGGCAAAGACCCCCACAGUUGUUGCAUACUUUACAUUGUGAUCUACAGAUAAAAUAGAGAAUUUGUGUCUGUACGAUGUGGAAAAUGGACAAAUGGACAGUAGUAUUUACUUGUGUAUUGUGUGUGUAGCUUUUCUUUUAUUUCUUGCUUUUUGGACAGCUGUGAAAUGGUCCCUCUUCUUCUUACUUACAACUGUAUGAACCUUUCUGACGCCAUACUACCUGGCACUGGGGGCAGUUAGACUACGCUGACCUCUACUGGCUGACUGCAGCCGCAUUUUUAACAUAAUUUAUACUUCUCUCUUCGGUUAUUAUUAGUUUAUACAUCUCUUUUACAAAGAAACUGAUCUUUGGAAGGUUCCUUGGGGAACCAAAAGAGGAUCUUCCAUGGCGUCACUGCGAAGAACCCUUUUUGGCAUGUUUAUUUUUAGGAGUGAACUUAUGCUUAUACUAAAUAUCCAGUAAAUCCAUCAUCAUAUAAUUAAAAUGUAUUUCAGAUUGUUGUUUUAUUUUCUAUGUCAUGUAAAUCAGCAGGACUGGUUAAAUGAAAUGCUGGAAAUGUCAAGCUUUAGAAUUUAUUAGCUAAGCUCAAGCUUGCUCAACUUUGGUCAUUCAGCAUUUCUGAGGCUCCUUCAAUUUUAAUAUUCUAGUCAUUGUUGUGUCUGUGUGUCAAGAAAAGAAAGUUUUGCUGAA